UCCAUGUUGAUGUGGACGGAGCAGCAGAGGAGACCAGAUUCAGAGAUGGUCAGUGUUUCUGGUUCGUGUCUCUGAAUGACUGAAGUCCAGAAGAUGGAUGAUUGUGUUGAGAAAGAGGAGGAGAGACCAGAGUCUCCAGGAUCCAUCUGUCUCUCUAUGAAGAGUGACUGGUCCAAAGAUGAACCUCCAGGCUUCAGUAAUGAACCUGGACCUUCAGACACAAAAGGUCAGUACUGCAUUCAGAGACCAGAGUCUCCAGGAUCCAGCUGUCUGUCUAUGAAGAGUGACCGGUCUAAAGAUUUUCCUCCAAACUUCAGUAAAGAACCUGGACCCUCAGACACGAGAGGUCGGUACUGCAGUCAGAGACCAGAAUCUCCAGGAUCCAGCUGUCUGUCUAUGAAGAGUGACCGGUCUAAAGAUUUUCCUCCAAACUUCAGUAAAGAACCUGGACCCUCAGACACGAGAGGUCAGUACUGCAUUCAGAGACCAGAGUCUCCAGGAUCCAGCUGUCUGUCUAUGAAGAGUGACCGGUCUAAAGAUUUUCCUCCAAACUUCAGUAAAGAACCUGGACCCUCAGACACAAGAAGCGGAGCAAAUCCUGCAGCCUCCAGGUGUCGGUCUACGAAGAGUGAGGUCCCCAAAGAUCUACCUGAUUUCAACAAUGAACCUGCUCCGAUGAAACGGAGCUCAUACCAGUCGGCUUCAUCGGAAUAUCUGGGAUAUGGAAUAAGAUCCAGAGCAAGCCCUCCACAAGCAGAUGCCGUUCUGCAGGAGGUAGAUGAACAUAAGAUCAGUCUGAGGAGGAGAUAUGAACAUGUGACUGAAGGAAUUCAUGAAACAGGAAGUAGAACCCUCCUCAACAGGAUCUUCACAGAGCUCUUCAUCACAGAGGGACUGAGUGAAGAGGUUGAUACCCAACAUGAGGUGAGGCAGCUGGAGACAGCUUCCGGGAUGAAGAGCCUCCAUGACACUCCAAUCAGGUGCCAGGACAUCUUUAAGGCCUUACCUGACCAACGUGGAGCCAUCAGAGUGGUUCUGACAAACGGCGUCGCUGGCGUUGGGAAAACCUUCUCGGUUCAGAAGUUCUCUCUGGACUGGGCCGAGGGCUCGGAGAACCAAGAUGUCACCGUGCUUAUUCUGCUCUCGUUCAGGGAGCUGAACCUGAUCAGAGAUGAGCAGUUCAGUCUUCUCAGGCUGAUCCAGGUUUUCCAUCCAUCAUUACAGAAGCUCACAGCAGAACAGCUGGCUGCCUGGAAACUGUUGUUCAUCCUUGACGGCCUGGAUGAAAGCAGACGUUCACUGGACUUCAACAACGGUCCGGUCAUGUCUGACGUCACACAGAGUUCAUCGGUCAACGUGCUGCUGACUAACCUCAUCCAGGGGAACCUGCUUCCCUCAGCUCUCAUCUGGAUAACUUCCAGACCUGCAGCAGCCAAUCAGAUCCCUCAGAAAUACGUCGACAGGGUAACAGAAGUACGAGGCUUCACCGACGGCCAGAAGGAGGAAUACUUCAGGAGGAGGUUCAGUGAUGAAGAGCGGUCCAGCAGCAUCGUCUCCCACAUGAAGACAUCCAGAACCCUCCACAUCAUGUGUAAACUCCCGGUCUUCUGCUGGAUCACUGCUACAGUUCUGGACCACAUGUUGACCACAGAGCAGAGAGGAAAGCUGCCCAAGACCCUGACUGACAUGUUCUCCCACUUCCUGGUGGUCCAGACGAAGAGGAAGAAGAACAAGUACCACAAGGGACAUGAGACGAGUCCACAGGAGCUGACGGAGGCUGACAGGGACCUUCUUCUGAAGCUGGGGAGGCUGGCGUUUGAACAUCUGGAGAAAGGAAACAUCAUGUUCUACCAAGAAGACCUGGAGCAGUGUGGUCUUGAUGUCUCAGAGGCCUCGAUGUACUCAGGAGUUUGUACCCAGAUCUUCAGGAGAGAGUGUGAGGUCUUCCAGAAACCCGUCUACUGCUUUGUUCAUCUGAGCAUCCAGGAGUUCCUGGCUGCAGUCUACGUGCUCCACUGUUGCUCCACCAGAAACACAGAUGUGCUGAAGAACUUCCUGGAAGGAAACUACAUAUACUCAACUCUGGAUGAGUUCCUGGAUAGAGUCAUGCAGAAAUCCCUGGAGAGUGAAAAUGGUCACCUGGACCUGUUUGUCCGCUUCCUUCAUGGUCUUUCUGUGGAGUCCAACCAGAGACUUUUAGGAGGUCUGCUGAACCAGACGGGGAAUCAUCCAGAAACCAUCCAGAGAAUCAUCAACAACCUGAAGGAGAUGAACACUGGCAGAAUCCCUCCUGAGAAAAUCUCUCUUGGCAGAACCUCUCCUGACAGAAGCAUCAACACCUUCCAGUGUCUGAUGGAGAUGAACGACCUCUCAGUUCAUCAGGAGAUCCAAGAGUUUCUGAAGUCAGAGAACAGAUCAGAGGAGGAGCUCUCUAAGAUCCAGUGUUCAGCUCUGGCCUACAUGCUGCAGAUGUCGGAGGAGGUUCUGGAUGAGUUGGACCUGCACAAGUACAAGACAACAUUAGGGGGUCGACUGAGACUGAUUCCAGCUGUGAGGAACUGCAGAAAGGCUCGAUUUGUUGGUUGUGGACUCUCAGAGACUCACUGUGAAGUUGUUGCGUCCGCUCUGAAGUCCAACUCCUCCCAUCUGACAGAACUGGACCUGAGUCGGAACCACCUGGAGGAUUCAGGAGUGAAGCUUCUGUCUGGUGGACUGGAGAGUCCAAACUGUAGACUGGAGACUCUGAGGUUGGAGGACUGCAGGUUGUCAGAGAUCAGCUGUUCUUCUCUGGGCUCAGCUCUGACGUCCAACCCCUCCCAUCUGAAACAUCUGGACCUGAGCAUGAACGACCUGCAAGACUCAGGAGUGAAACAUCUGUGUGGUUUUCUGGAGAGUCCAGAUUGCAGACUGGAGACUUUGAGGUUGGAGGGCUGCAGGUUGUCAGAGAUCAGCUAUUCUUCUCUGGUCUCAGCUCUGAAGUCCAACCCCUCCCAUCUGAAACAUCUGAAACAUCUGGACCUGAGCUGGAACCAGCUGCAGGAUUCAGAAUUUAAACAUCUGUGUGGUUUUCUGGAGAGUCCAGACUGCAGACUGGAGACUCUGAGCUUGCAGUGCUGUGGUCUGUCAGAGAUCAGCGGUUCUUCUCUGGUCUCAGCUCUGAAGUUAAAUCCCUCCCAUCUGAAACAUCUGGACCUGAGAUUCAACUACAAGCUGCAGGAUUCAGAUGUGAAGCAGCUGUCUGACCUGGUGGAGAGUCCAGACUACCAGCUGCAGACUCUCAGGUCGGAGCGCUGCAGUUUGUCAGAGAUCAUCUGUUCUUCUCUGGUCUCAGUUCUGGAGUCCAACCCCUCUGAUCUGGAACAACUGGACCUGACUGAGAACCACCUGCAGGAUUCAGAUGUGAAGCAGCUGUGUGGUUUCCUGGAGAGUCCCGACUGCAGACUGGAGACUCUGAGGUUGAAGUGCUGCAGGUUGUCAGAGAUCAGCUGUUCUUCUCUGGUCUCAGCUCUGAAGUCCAACCCCUCCCAUCUGAAACAUCUGAAACAUCUGGACCUAAGUAAGAACCAGAACCUGCGGGAUUCGGGAGUGAAACAUCUGUGUGGUUUCCUGGAGAGUCCAGACUGCGAACUGAAGACUCUGAGGUUGAAGGACAGCAGUUUGUCAGAGAUCAGCUGUUUUUCUCUGGUCUCAGCUCUGAAGUCCAACCCCUCCCAUCUGAAACAUCUGGACCUGAGCGGGAACCAGGACCUGCAGGAUUUAGGAGUGAAACAUCUGUGCGGUUUCCUGGAGAGUCCAGGCUGCAGACUGGAAACUCUGAGGUUGAAGGACUGCAGGUUGUCAGAGAUCAGCUGUUAUUCUCUGGUGUCGGCUCUGAAGUCCAACCCCUCCCAUCUGAAACAUCUGGACCUGAGUAAGAACCAUAACUUGCAGGAUUCAGGAGUGGAACAUCUGUGUGGUUUCCUGGAGAGUCCAGACUGCAGACUGGAGACUCUGAGGUUGGAGGAAUGCAGGAUGUCAGAGAUCAGCUGUUCUGCUCUGGUCUCAGCUCUGAAGUCCAACCCCUCCCAUCUGAAACUUCUGAACCAUCUGGACCUGAGUGAGAACGAGCUGCAGGAUUCAGGAUUGAAACAUCUGUGUGGUUUCCUGGAGAGUCCAGACUGCAGACUGGAGACUCUGAGGUUGAAGGACUGCGGUCUGUCAGAGAUCAGCUGUUUUUCUCUGGUCUCAGCUCUGAAGUCCAACCCCUCCCAUCUGAAACAUCUGAACCUGAGCGGGAACCAGGACCUGCAGGAUUCAGGAGUGAAACAUCUGUGUGGUUUCCUGGAGAGUCCAGACUGCAGACUGGAGACUCUGAGGUUGGAGAACUGCGGUCUGUCAGAGAUCAGCUGUUCUUCUCUGGUCUCAGCUCUGAAGUCCAACCCCUCCCAUCUGAAACAUCUGAACCUGAGUUACAACGAGGACCUGGAGGACUCAGGACUGAAACAUCUGUGUGGUUUCCUGAAGAGUCCAGACUGCAGACUGGAGACUCUGAGGUUGGAGGACUGCAGUUUGUCAGAGAUCAGCUGUUCUUCUCUGGCCUCAGCUCUGAAGUCCAACCCCUCCCAUCUGAAACAUCUGAACCUGAGUUACAACGAGGACCUGGAGGACUCAGGAGUGAAACAUCUGUGUGGUUUUCUGGAGAGUCCAGACUGCAGACUGGAGACUCUGAGCUUGCAGCACUGCGGUCUGUCAGAGUACAGGUGUUCUUCUCUGGUCUCAGCUCUGAAGUCCAAUCCCUCCCAUUUGAAACAUCUGGACCUGAGUUACAACAACGACCUGCACAAUGCAGAUAUGGAGCAGCUGUAUGACCUGGUGAAGAGUCCAGACUAUCAGCUGCAGACUCUCAGGUUGACUGAAGUCCGGAAGAUGGAUGAUUGUGUUGAGAAAGAGGAGGAGAGACCAGAGUCUCCAGGAUCCAUCUGUCUCUCUAUGAAGAGUGACUGGUCCAAAGAUGAACCUCCAGGCUUCAGUAAUGAACCUGGACCUUCAGACACAAAAGGUCGGUACCGGAGUCAGAGACCAGGAUCUCCAGGAUCCAGCUGUCUGUCUAUGAAGAGUGACCGGUCUAAAGAUUUUCCUCCAAACUUCAGUAAAGAACCUGGACCCUCAGACACAAGAGGUCGGUACCGGAGUCAGAGACCAGGAUCUCCAGGAUCCAGCUGUCUGUCUAUGAAGAGUGACCGGUCUAAAGAUUUUCCUCCAAACUUCAGUAAAGAACCUGGACCCUCAGACACAAGAGGUCGGUACCGGAGUCAGAGACCAGGAUCUCCAGGAUCCAGCUGUCUGUCUAUGAAGAGUGACCGGUCUAAAGAUUUUCCUCCAAACUUCAGUAAAGAACCUGGACCCUCAGACACAAGAGGUCGGUACUGCAGUCAGAGACCAGGAUCUCCAGGAUCCAGCUGUCUGUCUAUGAAGAGUGACCGGUCUAAAGAUUUUCCUCCAAACUUCAGUAAAGAACCUGGACCCUCAGACACAAGAGGUCGGUACUGCAGUCAGAGACCAGGAUCUCCAGGAUCCAGCUGUCUGUCUAUGAAGAGUGACCGGUCUAAAGAUUUUCCUCCAAACUUCAGUAAAGAACCUGGACCCUCAGACACAAGAAGAGGAGCAAAUCCUGCAGCCUCCAGGUAUCGGUCUACGAAGAGUGAGGUCCCCAAAGAUCUACCUGAUUUCAACAAUGAACCUGCUCCGAUGAAACGGAGCUCAUACCAGUCGGCUUCAUCGGAGUAUCUGGGAUAUGGAAUAAGAUCCAGAGCAAGCCCUCCACAAGCAGAUGCCGGUCUGCAGGAGAUCCUAGAUGAACACAAGAUCAGUCUGAGGAGGAGAUGUGAACAUGUGACUGAAGGAAUUGAUGAAACAGGAAGUAGAACCCCCCUCAACAGGAUCUACACGGAGCUCUUCAUCACAGAGGGAGUGAGUGAAGAGGUUGAUACCCAACAUGAGGUGAGGCAGCUGGAGACAGCUUCCCGGAUGAAGAGACUCCAUGACACUCCAAUCAGGUGCCAGGACAUCUUUAAAGCCUUACCUGACCAACGUGGAGCCAUCAGAGUGGUUCUGACCAACGGCGUCGCUGGCGCUGGGAAAACCUUCUCGGUUCAGAAGUUCUCUCUGGACUGGGCCGAGGGCUCGGAGAACCAAGAUGUCACCGUGGUGAUUCUGCUCUCGUUCAGGGAGCUGAACCUGAUCAGAGAUGAGCAGUUCAGUCUUCUCAGGCUGAUCCAGGGUUUCCAUCCAUCAUUACAGAAGCUCACAGCAGAGCAGCUGGCUGCCGGGAAACCGUUGUUCAUCCUUGACGGCCUGGAUGAAAGCAGACGUUCACUGGACUUCAACAACGGUCCGGUUGUGUCUGACGUCACACAGAGCUCAUCGGUCAACGUGCUGCUGACGAACCUCAUCCAGGGGAACCUGCUUCCCUCAGCUCUCAUCUGGAUAACUUCCAGACCUGCAGCAGCCAAUCAGAUCCCUCACAAACACGUGGACAGGGCAACAGAAGUACGAGGCUUCACCGACGCCCAGAAGGAGGAGUACUUCAGGAGGAGGUUCAGGGAUGAAGAGCGGUCCAGCAGCAUCGUCUCCCACAUGAAGACAUCCAGAACCCUCCACAUCAUGUGUAAACUCCCGGUCUUCUGCUGGAUCACUGCUACAGUUCUGGACCACAUGUUGACCACAAAGCAGAGAGGAGAGCUGCCCAAGACCCUGACUGACAUGUUCUCACACUUCCUGGUGGUUGAGAUGAAGAGGAAGAAGAACAAGUACCACGAGGGACAUGAGACGAGUCCACAGGACCUGAUGGAGGCUGACAGGGACGUUCUUCUGAAGCUGGGGAGGCUGGCGUUUGAACAUCUGGAGAAAGGAAACAUCAUGUUCUACCAAGAAGACCUGGAGCAGUGUGGCCUUGAUGUCCCAGAGGCCUCGGUGUACUCAGGAGUUUGUACCCAGAUCUUCAGGAGAGAGUGUGAGGUCUUCCAGAAACCCGUCUACUGCUUUGUUCAUCUGAGCAUCCAGGAGUUCCUGGCUGCAGUCUACGUGCUCCACUGUUACUCCACCAGAACCACAGAUGUGCUGGAGAACUUCCUAGAAGAAGACUCCUCAGACUCAUCUCUGGAUGAAUUCCUGGAGAGAGUCAUAUGGAAAUCCCUGGAGAGUGAAAAUGGCCACUUGGACCUGUUUGUCCGCUUCCUUCAUGGUCUUUCUGUGGAGUCCAACCACAGACUCUUAGGAGGUCUGCUGAACCAGAUGGAGAACCGUUCAGAAACCAUCCAGAGAGUCAUCAACAACCUGAAGGAAAUGAACACUGAUUUGUUCUCUCCUGACAGAAGCAUCAACAUCUUCCAGUGUCUGAUGGAGAUGAACGACCUCUCAGUUCAUCAGCAGAUCCAAGAGUUCCUGAAGUCAGAGAACAGAUCAGAGCAGGAACUCUCUGAGAUCCAGUGUUCAGCUCUGGCCUCCAUGCUGCAGAUGUCGGAGGAAGUUCUGGACGAGUUUGACCUGAACAAGUACAAGACAACAGAAGGGGGUCGACAGCGACUGAUUCCAGCUGUGAGGAACUGCAGAAAGGCUCGAUUUGUUGGUUGUGGAAUCUCAGAGACUCAAUGUGACGUUGUGAGGUCCACUCUGAAGUCCAACCCCUCCCAUCUGACAGAACUGGACCUGAGUCAGAACCAGUACCUGGAGGAUUCAGGAGUGAAGCUUCUGUCUGGUGGACUGGAGAGUCCAAACUGUAGACUGGAGACUCUGAGGUUGGAGGACUGCAGGUUGUCAGAGAUCAGCUGUUCUUCUCUGGGCUCAGCUCUAAAGUCCAACCCCUCCCAUCUGAAACAUCUGAAACAUCUGGACCUGAACAGGAACAAUCUGCAGGACUCGGGAGUGAAACAUCUGUGCGGUUUCCUGGAGAGUCCAGACUGCAGACUGGAGACUCUGAGCUUGCAGCGUUGCGGUCUGUCAGAGAUCAGCGGUUCUUCUCUGGGCUCAGCUCUGAAGUCCAACCCCUCCCAACUGGAACAUCUGGACCUGAGUCUGAACGACCUGCAGGAUUCAGGAGUGAAACAUCUGUGUGGUUCUCUGGAGAGUCCAGACUGCAGACUGGAGACUCUGAGGUUGGAUAACUGCAGGUUGUCAGAGAUCAGCUGUUCUUCUUUGGUCUCAGCUCUGAAGACCAACCCCUCCCAUCUGAAACAUCUGGACCUGAGCUGGAACCAGCUGCAGGAUUCAGGAGUGAAACAUCUGUGUGGUUUCCUGGAGAGUCCAGACUGCAGACUGAAGACUCUGAUCUUGCAGUGCUGUGGUCUGUCAGAGAUCAGCGGUUCUUCUCUGGUCUCAGCUCUGAAGUUAAAUCCCUCCCAUCUGAAACAUCUGGACCUGAGAUUCAACUACAAGCUGCAGGAUUCAGAUGUGAAGCAGCUGUCUGACCUGGUGGAGAGUCCAGACUACCAGCUGCAGACUCUCAGUUCGGAGCGCUGCAGUUUGUCAGAGAUCAGCAGUUCUUCUCUGGUCUCAGUUCUGGAGGCCAACCCGUCUGAUCUGGAGCAUCUGGACCUGAGUAAGAAUCACCUGCAGGAUUCAGAUGUGAAGCAGCUGUGUGGUCUUCUUGACAGUCCAGACUGCAGACCGGAGACUCUGAGGUUGGAGUACUGCAGUUUAUCAGAGAUCAGCUGUUCUUCUCUGGCCUCUGCUCUGAAGUCCAACCCCUCUCAUCUGAAACAUCUGAAACAUCUGGACCUGAAUUACAACAAUGAACUGCAGGAUUCAGGGGUGAAACAUCUGUGUGGUUUCCUGGAGAGUCCAGACUGCAGACUGGAGACUCUGAGGUUGGAGUUCUGCAGUUUAUCAGAGAUCGGCUGUUCUUCUCUGGUCUCAGCUCUGAAGUCCAACCCCUCCCAUCUGAAACAUCUGGACCUGAGCGGGAACCAGCUGCAGGAUUCAGGAGUGAAACAUCUGUGCGGUUUCCUGGAGAGUCCAGACUGCAGACUGGAGACUCUGAGCUUGCAGUACUCCGGUCUGUCAGAGAUCAGCUGUUUUUCUCUAGUCUCAGCUCUGAAGUCCAACCCCUCCCAUCUGAAACAUCUGGACCUGAGCAGGAACCAGCUGCAGGUUGCAGAUGUGAAGCAGCUGUCUGAUCUGGUGAAGAGUCCAGACUACCAGCUGCAGACUCUCAGCUGGGAAUGAUGAGAGUGAACAGGACGGUGUUUGUGCUGAGAGGAUGAGACGUGUUUCUGAUGAUCCGAAGACGGUUCUGAUGUAUUUGUGCAGAACCCAGGUAAUCCUGUCUGAGGUGUUACAUCAAGAAUGGUUUCUGGAACUUGUGAGACAGCGCAGAUAGUGGGGCUACAUUUCCAAGGGGGAUACAGUAUACUGGAGAUGUGUCUGUACCUAGUGGAGAGAGAUCAAGAGAUGGGUGGUGGGACUUACUCUGGUAGGUUGAGCUGCAACGACUGGGAUGUGUUGGAAUUGGUCGUCCCACGUUCGUCUGCAGAGGUCGAGUCUUCGGCUGUGGAAUAAGAGGAAAAGGUAAACCGGGAUCCCAACGCUCCUCCACCCAUUAAAUGCACAACCAACAGUUCGGAGGUUAAGAGACACCCUCUGAAUUCCUGCCAAAUACAUGUAGUGAAAACAAAAUAAAUGUAACUCGUGAAGAGAAUCUAACAACCCGUGCUGCUCCAUGAAGUUAAAAAGACUAAAUGAAAUGACACGACUGGAUUCCAGCCACCAUCUCUCCGUCCUCUGGUCCUGCGAUGACCUGCCAGGAAUAACGCUGUGUCUGUUUCAUCCUGGCCUCUUCAGCAUCAAACCAGCAGCAGCAGGGAUUUCAGACCCUGAUCACAUCUGACCCUGGAGGGAAUUGCAGACUUCUGGAAACCGGCAAUGAACAGUGAUUCAACACUUGAUGCUGUGUUGUCAUGGAGACAAGCGAGGUAGAUGAUGGUCCGACUGAAGGCAUCACAGCCGUGGAGCAACGUUCUCCAUCUCACUAGUUUGUGGUUUCCAUCUAUGCAUCAAAGGCAAAUGGAAAUAACAGGAGGUUGGCAGUUUAUAGAGAUUAAGGCCAAAACAUUAAAGAAAAUGUGAAUUUUUCUUUUUUUCUUUUAAAUGAUGAUGUCGGUGUUUACGUUAUAAAUUAUAUUUACCUUCACUUAAAUGUUUUAUUCAAAUGAAGCCUGUAUGGCAUGGUGCUGCCCUCAGACAACAAAACAUACUCUAUAUCUGGACCUCACGCCACUCUGUUAAGGUUUUGGAGGGAAAUUAAAUGUUUAAAUAUCACUAUACAUGUCUAUGUCCAAUAAAAAGAGGGGUUAAAGUUUACGUGCCUUCUUAAUUCAUGUCUUUUCAUUUUAGUGGACACGUGUCAGUUUAAGUGCUUUUGUCACUUCACUUUAAUUCAACCUACUUUUUAAAUCACAGCAAUUUAUUUUCUCACUUCGUUGUAUUUAUUUAUUUAUCCUGAUUCUGCAGUUGCAAUUUUAUAUUUCUAUUUUUAACUUGACCCUUUUCUCAUUUUUAAUACCUUUGUCUCUUUAUUGCGUAAGUGCUGCUGAGUCCCCAAAUUUCCCUUAGGAUGAAUAAAGUACCCGCCUGUCUUGGGUUUGAGUCACGGAGCAAAUCCAUUUCAUUUGGGUUGGAGUUUCUGAGGUUAGAAAUCCUGUAAAUGCUAAUAUUUAAUGUGUGAGCAUUUCUGUCCAGAGAACUCAGAACUGAAUGUAUGUUUGCAACUUGUAACGUUAAAGAGAAAGUGAUGUUUUAAGUGAUCUGAGACAUUUAUAAAGUCUGAAAGAAAGUAAGUUGAGUACUGUCUAAUUGUUUGUUGAAAAAUAAAAGUGUGUUUAAAAAAAGAGUAAU